GUGAUUGGUUAAUUUCUUAAGUUAAAGAUUAAAUCAACUAUUGUAGACCAAGGCUAAACAUAUGAAGUGUACGUACGAGAUUCGAUAAAUUUCUUGAGCUAGUGCAGCGAGUCCAACUAAAAAGAACGAACCAAAGAUGUCGCCACUCCGCGGAGACACGCGAUAUUAGUGAUCGAUCGAAAAUAAAGCGCAUAAAGCAAAAGUGUGUACAAAGCGCAGCGAGAGGAAAAGAGUGGUGAGUGCGGUGUCCGUUGGUGAGAGAGGUUCUCGAUCGUAUGAGAUCUGGACACGCGAGGAUGGAUUUCAAUGUGAAAAAAUUGGUGAAGGACGCGGGAGCCGCCCUCAGCAGAGUCGUGCAGUUAACGGAGGAAACAUUAGGUACCUCAGAGAAAACAGAGUUAGAUGCACAUUUGGAGCAUUUAGCAGAAAGGGGAAAUGCCACCAAAGUAUGGACAGAAAAAAUACUGCGAAACAUGGAAGCUGUGCUUACCCCAAAUCCUGGCAACAGAAUCGAAGAUUUUUUCUAUGAAAAAAUCGAUAAAAAGAAACCUAACAGGCUGAGCAAUUUGGAGUAUGUAGGCAUUGACAUGAUACAAGCCGGGAAUGAUUUUGGUCCAGGGAUGGCUUAUGGUAGUGCAUUGAUAAAAGUUGGCCAGUGUCAGCAAAAGUUGGGACAGGUUGAGAGAGAUUUUAUAGGGAUUGCUGCCAACUGUUACAUACAGCCUUUGAGAAAGUUCUUGGAUGGAGAGAUGAAGACUGUUAGCAAAGAGAUGGCAAUAUUGGAAACUAAGAGACUGGACUUGGACGCGUGUAAAAACAGAGUAAGAAAAGCAAGAAGUUUGCUGGGCCAACAGAGUGAGUCCGGCGUACCACCCGAAGUGUUGCUUGAUCAGGCAGAGAGGGAGUUGAGGAUAGCGCAGUCGGAGUUCGAUCGUCAAGCGGAAAUCGUGAAAUUGCUGUUGGAGGGUGUCUCAAGUUCGCAAGCCGGCCAUCUGCGGUGUCUGCACGAGUUCGUGGAGGCGCAAGCCCGCCACUACGCCCAGUGUCAUGCCGUCAUGCAAGACCUGCAGCGUGAACUUGCCGGAGCACGUCAACCGAGCCCUUUAUUGAGAGUCAACAGCGAAGAAUUGAUCGAGCUGACACCCUCGCCUACAUCCCCCGUAAACUCAUCUGUCUACCCUCAAAGUUCGCCAAUAACCGCCGCUGGUUCCGCCACUUAUGUUACUGCUACCUUUGACACUGAUAUUAGUAAAGUCUAAUUUGGCCAGAUGCUUUCAUAUCCGGUGAGAAUCGGCGCAAUCGAUAUUACUCAGCGCUGCCAUCCAGUCAGUUAGGUCCCCGCCUUUUUCUUGUCAUUUUUUCUUGACAAAUCACUAAAAGAAAACAGUUGUUAAACAACAUUUUACUAUUGUCCAAAAUGGGUCACUAUAGGAUGCGGACACGAAAACAAUACUAUUAGCGCAUUUCAGAACGCAGGCAUAGUUGCCUUUUCCUUGAGCUGCCGUUAAAUUCGAAAAAAAUGUGAGAGUUCUACAUAUAUUUUUGCCGUCUCUCUUAACGUGGCACGUAGAAUUUCACUAUUUUGUGGCAAGACAAAAAAGUGAACGGAUUCUAAAAGCACCAGGUAUUUGGGGGGUUUUCAGGCAUAGAGAUAUUAUAAAUAGAAGGGGCAAGGUAUACGGCUGUUUGUAAGUGGAAGCGUCCUCUCGGUAGAAAGAGAAAGAAGUCACAAUUUCGAACAGGAAGCUUUAUACGAUCACCGACAACAAUAUACCUUAUUGUUCAAAAUUACUUGGAGAAACGACUGAAACAUGAAAGCGACAAAUUUAACGAUGUAAAAUAUCGUAUCCGUAUGCGAAACAAUAAAAUGACGAUAUUUAAAGGUGAAUAAACUGUAAGAGUACAAAAUGAAUUCUGUGAUUACUUUAAUGUGCAUGUGAUUAUACUGUAUUCAUUAAUUUAUUAAUGCGAUAAAGAUAUUAAUACUUUCAUUUAUAUUUAUUUCCAACAAGUUGAAAUAAAUAGUUUCACAGUAAAUAUAACAAAUGAACGCUUUUUCAUGAAAAAUAAAAUUAAGCUCGAGCCAAUAUCAUAACGAAGAAGUUAAUAAAAUUGUUAAAAAGUUGUUAAUUUACUUGAAUUUCAUUAAUUUUUCCUUUCUAUUUAACGUUUUAAAUGAAUAUAAAAAACGCAUGUAUAAAUAUUAAUUGGCACUUAAUUUAUGUUUUGUUUCUUCAUGUUUAUUAAAUAAAAAAAAAAAAUUCAAUGUGGAAUCGAACUUGAGUAUGUUUUCAAAAGGACUACGUCGUAGUCCGCGCGGUUACGACACAUCCCUUUGCUUUGAUGGAAGCUUAUAUUUCAGUUGUGCUCCCCGUUUGGGUUUAAGUGGUACGGAGUUUAGGUUAACUCUGCUGUCGUCCCUCCUCUCAGCUGGGCUAUGUAGUGGAGAAAACACGAGCCAAUCACGGGGGGGAGAGGGGGGGGGGGAGAGAAAGAGAGAUGCAAGACCCGCCCGGUCUUCUUUCUCUUUCUACCAAGCGGACGCCUCCAGAAUUAACUUGCCCCCUCUAUUUAUAAUAUCUCUAUGUUUUCAGGUCGCUGAAUAUAAAUUUGAGAUUAAAAUUUUUAAAUUCAAAAUGGCGGAUCUAAUAUGGCGACUAAAAAAUCAAAAUCUAUGUGUUUGUUAUAAAACUCGGUAUUUAGGGUUCUUUGAUUCGUUGAAUACGAAUUUAAGGUUAAAAAUACCUACAUUCAAAAAUAAUGGACCCAAUAUAGCUGCCAAAAAGUCGAAAUUUAUUCAAAUACUUCGAAAUCUAUUUUUUAUGAAGUUUUUUUUUACAAGUCUUUUAGAUCGCUGAUUUUGAGUUCAAAUUCACAAUCAGCGACCUCAAAAACCCCAAGAUAUCAGUGGUAAUCCGUAUUGUAUGAUCUAAACAUAUUUUUCACAUUGCCCGUCGCAUGGCGGGUUUGCCACGUUAGAGGUUAAAAUAAAACUACUCUGAAAGCAUAUUUGUAUUAUUCAUGCCCUUUCUUUGUUAUGAACCUUCAAACGGUAUUAUGAAAAGAAAUCGCUAUAUAUUAAUUUAAAGAUAAAGGGGGAAGUAAGUGUUACUUCUUUUGCUUAGUCUUAGUCAUUCUUAGAAUUUUACGAAAAAUAUAUCACUUUUGAUCAUUA